ACCCUCUUCCUCUUCUCCCAUCAUGGCGUCCAUCGAUGGCGCCGGUCGACCUCGCGCGCCCUCGCUCUCGCGCGGGCUGAGUCAACUCAACACCUACACCGACGGCGCCGUCUCUCCCGUAGACGCGACCAAGCUGCCGGGCGACAACGUCGGCGCGGCCAUCUCCACGCCCGCGCAGACGGUGGGCAAGAAGGGUGCCAAGGGAAAGGGGGCAAAGGCAAAGAAGGAGAAGGGAAAGGCUUCGAUUGAUGAUGGCAAAGACCGCUCGAGCAAGGGUCUGCUUAGUGAUAUCGUCACGUUCCGAUGGAUGACGGUGCCCGCUUCAUCUGCCAAGAUCGCAGGUCUCGUCCUGCUGCUUUGGGUCAACUGGCGUCUCUUCACUCCCUCCACUCCCAAUCCCUUCUCCUACUUCCUCUUCAUCUCCCACCGCGUCCCUCUUUCCGCUGUCCUCCUGUCCGAGCCCUCGGCAGCGCUCAGCGGCGACACGAUUCGCUAUCAAAAGGGCUACGGCGACCUCGCCUUUCUCGCCUUCUACAUCGUCGUCUUUUCCUGCCUGCGGCAAACGACGACGCUCUACGUCUUCCUGCCGUUUGCCAAGUGGUGGGGCAUCAAGAAUGAGCGCAAGCAGGAGCGCUUUGUGGAGCAGGGCUAUGCUCUGCUCUAUUGGGGAUCUGCGGGCCUGUUUGGACUGUACGUCAUGUCCUUCCAAGAGUCGUGGUGGUUCAAUCUCGAGCAUCUGUGGCUCAAGUACCCGCACUGGCAAAUGCGUCCUGAGCUCAAGACGUACUAUCUCCUGCAAGCCUCCUACUGGCUGCAACAGGCGCUCGUCAUGCUUCUGGGCCUCGAGGCGCCUCGGAAGGAUUACUAUGAGCUGAUUGCGCACCACCUGGUGACGCUGUGGCUCAUUGGAUGGUCCUACCUCGUCAACCUCACCAUGAUCGGCACGACCGUGUUUGUCUGCAUGGACAUUCCCGACACUUGGCUUGCUAUGGCGAAAGGCUUCAACUAUCUCGGCCUGGACGGGCUCGCUACUGCGCUGUUCGGCUGCUUGAUGUUCAUCUGGACUUAUUUCCGCAUCUAUCUCUCCGCCUUCACGCUCUACUCGGUCUGGUAUCAAUUCGACCUCAUCCCCUCGCACACUCGCGAGUGGGCGCCCGCCAAAGGCUGGUGGCUGGUGCCGUGGAUGCGCUAUCAGAUUUUUGCGCCCCUCGCCAUUCUGCUCGCGCUCAACUGCUUCUGGUAUGCGCUGAUGUGGCGCGUCAUGAUCCGAGCACUCAAGGGAGAUGUGUCGGAUGAGAGAGAGGAUGGAGAGUACGACGAUGAGGAAGAGGAGAAGAAGACGCAGUGAACACGCAG